UAAGAUCCGAUUGGCUGCCGGGUUGCGCCGUAACAUGCUGCCAAAACUAGGAGUGACGGGAUUGAUAAUGUUUCAUCAGUGGAUGCACUACUUGUCUAUGCUUUGCCUAUACAACAUGUCUCUGAACUCCACCUUGCACGAAGACUCGGAUAACGGGCCCAUAUCUAUAUACACCUCGAAAUUGGACCCUGGUGCUGACAUAUGCCUAGGAUUGGCAAUUCUUUUUGUUGUCACCCUCUCUCUGCUGGGCAACGGGGUGGUGCUGCUGGUGUCGUACCGCCGCAGGAAGAGGACGGUGGGCUCGGAGCUGCUCUGUGUCAACCUGGCCGUGGUGGACUUCCUCUGCUGCGUGUGCUUCUAUCCCCUGUCCAUCAUGUCGUCCUUCAGCCACGGCUGGCUUGGCCAGGGCCUGACCUGCGUGUACUACGGCCUGGGCUGCUUCAUCUUCGGCCUGUGCGGCAUGUUCACCGUGGCAGCCAUCAGCGUCGUCCACUACAUGAAGACCUGCCACCGGCUGGUCUACGCCGUGUGGCUAGAGGGCGCCAACACCAAGGUGGUGUGCGUGGCCACCUGGGCGCUGCCCACGCUGUGGUCCUGCCUGCCGCUGCUGGGCUGGGGGGAGUACGUGCCUGAGCCCUACGGCCUGUCCUGCACGGUCGCCUGGAGGGGCUACCACACCUCGUACAAGGACGCCACCUACGUGGUGUGCUCCUUCGCCGGCUUCACGCUGCUGCCCGUGCUGGCCAUCGUGGGCUCGCAGGGCCUCAUCCUCCGCAAGCUCUACCGCUUCUCCGCCGCACUGACGUCCAGCGGCCUCCGCAGCAACCUGAGGCACGCCGAGAGACGCCUCACCAUGAUGUUCUUGUGCAUCAGCCUGGGCUUCAUCCUUGCCUGGGGCCCCUACACCGUGGUCUCCUUCCUCUUCAUCUUCCACCAGGACCACCGCUACAUGGCCCCGUGGGGCUUCGUGUUCCCCGCGCUGUUCGCCAAGAGCUCCCACGUCUACAACCCCUUCAUCUACUUCUACUUCAACGCCGGCUUCCGGCGCGAGCUGCGCGGCCUGGUGCGCUCCCUCUGCCCCGGGCUGGAGAGCCAGCGGGUGGGCGUGCGCUCCCACUCGCUGCCCCCCCACGGGGCCCAGGCCCCGAGCUACGCAGAGCCCCACCCCAUCCACAUCCAGCUGCAGGAGCAGCGGGGACGGCGCUCGGACAACAGCGGGAGCUCGCGGGAGAAGCCCCCGAAACUCUCGGGGGCCGGGGGAGCCGGCCUGCGCCAGGACCGGUCGGUGCACCCGUGCUGGGGCUCCAAGCCCCGGGUGAGCCCUGCCAGCCUGGAGCACAAGCAGGUCAAGGAGUUCCUGUCCGACGCUCCCUCGGAGAACAGAGGGGGCGGGAGGGUAUGGCACAAUGCGCGGAGGGCGAGAGAGAGGUGGCGUCUGUUCGCCAUGGAGACAUACACGCUGUCGCACGGCCACCAGGAGGAGCUGAGGAGCCCGCCCCCCAUGCCCAUCGCCCCCCCCCUGGGGUCCGGGCCCCCUUUUGGGGCCGCUGACCCAGAGAACUUUCACAGGCUGUGACACUGCGUUGGCUUCAGGGUGAGAACUCGGGGAGGACAGAGCUGUGCACUGUGCCUUUAACAGCUGCAGAGCAACCAUAAAACGUAGUCAAAUCGACAUCUUACAUACUUUGAACCUUCAAAAGAUAACUCGAUAAUUUAUUAGUAUUAAUGAUGAUUAAAAGUAUAACAAUUCUAAAAGUCUGCCAAAAUAAUUACUUAUUGUUGGUGAAGGCACAAAUUCAAAAAGUAAAAACAUGGUUAGCUUUACGCAGCAUGAUUAGUAUAACAGAAUACACUGAAUUAACACUUGCUAAUGCAUCAUAUUUUUCGGUUCUGAUUUAGUCAUAAACCAGUGUCGGGGGUCCCAUGGCCCUGGAGUGAUAACAAGUGCUUUAUAUAACAUGAUGGUGUAGCAUCCCUCCCUAGCGCUCUCCACCUAGGAGGCUUCAUUGGCACUACAGGAGUUGACUGUCAUGAGACACCACGUCCAUACUUACACAUUUAUACAUCGUGGUCCCAUUUGAUGUAGCAGCCGAUGUGAACCAGCAACAGAUGUUCAUGACAGGGAUCCACACCUUGUAUGUUCUCCUCAUCAUCACCGACUUGAACAACAUCUGCAGACGACUGAAUCAAAGACAGUAUUAUUGUAAUUCAAAUUCCAUCAGUCCAUCAUGUUUAUUUUAUUAUCUUGGCAAAUGCAGCUUUCCCUUAAUAACUCAAACUGAGAAUUCAAUACUGUUAUCUGGGGCGGACCAAUGAAAGCCUUAAACAAAUUGCAUUUAAAGCAAUUUGUGGCAUUAAGAAACCCAUGGUGGUAUACAUUAUAUAUACAUUACACCAUUGCAUUAACAUGGUUUGUGAUGACAUGCUAUACAGAACUAACCUGGGAUCAAUCUCAUUUAAAGUUCCCAUAAAAGGGGAGAUUUGCUCUCUUAGGUCCUAUUUUGAUUGCCUAUUGUUCAAUCACUUCUUAUGCAAGUCAGAGGGCAAUUUGAGUUUUGGAUGGUAAAUAGCUUUUCAAAAAGUGGGGGAGUUUUUAGAUUGGGUAGAGAGUUCACCUUAUAUUUGUAUGAGUUACAGUUGAUAAUAGAGCAAUGUAAUCAGACAAAACACUUUGGUUUAAUGCCAGUGCAGGCAUGUUUCAUCUCAACGUGAGACAGCUGUAUACCAGGAGUAAGCACACACAUAUUUCAGGCGCAAAUAUAUGUAAAAUAAAAAUGUUUUGGUCUGUAUCUAAGUAUUGAAGUAAUUCAAAUAUAGGUAACCAUAUUUGGACCGAAGAGAGCUAAUUGGAUUAUUUUGUAGGAUCUUUAAGGAUACUGUAACAGCAGUUUUCGAUGUGCUUAUCGUCAUGAUUUUGUAUGUGUGGUCAGAGGUCUUGUUAUUUGUUCACUAACACAGGAGUCCUGCUGCCCAGUUAAAGUAAUUACCCUUCAUUGUUGCUGUGCCAGAACUGUUCGUUGAACACUCUGAACUGACCGCCUGUAGUCAAUUUCAGAAAAUGACUUAAGAAGACCUUUUAGAAAUAGUAUCCAUCAUCAGCAGUUAGUAUGUGUGUUUGUGUGUGUGUUUCGGCGUUCAAACAGCCUGUGUUUUGAUUACAUGCUGCUUAUUAUGUCAUCGCCUGACAAUGGACCAUCAGUCCUGUGUUUGUUUGUGUUCACAAAUACAAAUGUUAAAUACGUAGAAAACUGAUCUUACCCAGCAGAUUUCCCUGCUUCAUGGCUGACAUAUUAGAGAUGGACUGUUUGAGCCUGAUGCAACACAAUGUGAGCUCGGUCCAGCUAUGGCUUAUUGUCUGGGUAUAACAGACAGAGUUGUGUUCCUCUGACCCGUUAAUCGUCCCACACCAGCACGCAGGCUGCUGACCAGGCAGGGCAGCCUUUAGUCUGGCCUCUGGGGCUCCUGAGAGAAUGGAACUAAAUAAAUCAAACGUUCGUAUUUUCAGAUGAUAUAACAUGUUAUUGAAUGGCAAUUUUAGGCAUUUGUCAUUUAUUAAGUGGGUGAGUGAUUGAUAUCCGGGGUCAGAAUAUGUUUACUACGCUGAAUUUAAGCUAACCGAAUUGACAUUUUUGAUUACGGAACAUGUAGGCCUAUAUCAAACAUGUGGAGCAAUGCGCUACAUCUUUGUUUGGAAAAACUCCUGCCUAGUUUUCGUUUAUAUCCAUAUGCGCUUGUUUACGACCGAUGUACAUUAUUUAAUUUUCUAUAACAUGCACCCAUAUAUCCUGUAUUCAAUAAAAAAAGCUGAACAUGUUUUAUGAACACAA